AUGAUGGAAGAAAUCGACAGAUUCCAAGUGCCUCCAGUCAACGGAGAGACGCAACCUUUGGAUCCAGCAGCCUCCUCCAACUCAGAAGCUGACCCCGAUACCAAAGGAGAGACUGUGGCUAUAAACUACAAGCCCUCCCCACUGCAAGUCCAAAUAGAGAAACAGCGGGAUCUUGCCAGGAAGGGAUCUGUGAAGAAUGGCACUGUGGGUAGUCCUGUCAAUCAACAACCUAAGAAGAAUGCUAGGACAAGGUUGGUUGUGCCAAACAAAGGCUAUUCCUCUUUAGACCAGAGCCCAGAUGAGAAGCCCCUUGUAGCACUGGACACCGACAGUGAUGAUGACUUCGACAUGUCCAGGUACUCGUCAUCAGGAUACUCCUCAGCCGAGCAAAUCAACCAGGACCUCAACAUCCAGCUCCUAAAGGAUGGCUACCGACUGGAUGAGAUUCCAGAUGAUGAAGACCUGGAUCUGAUCCCCCCCAAAGCGGUUAACCCCACCUGCAUGUGCUGCCAAGCUGCUCCCUCCACGGCGUGUCACAUCCAGUAG